AUGUCGCCAAAAAUAAUCGCCGCCGUCCUGUUCACUCUCUUGUCCGUCCUCCCGUCACGGGCUAAUGAUACAUGUAUAUGGUAUGGAGAAUGUGAACGGGUAAACGAAUUACAUGUACUUAAUUGCCGUUAUGAUGGACCCCCAAAACCGAUGACCGACCCAACAUCUUUAGCUGUUCUUAAAACGUGGUGUCCUGAUUUCAUACAAAAUCAUUCAAAAGACGGACAAGCUCUUAAUACGUGUUGCGGAGUCGAUCAGCUUUCAACAUUAAGCACAAGUAUUGAACAGGCUGCAAGCUUUUUACGCAGAUGUCCGUCAUGUAUGAGCACAUUUGGAAGAUUUCUUUGUGAAAUGGUUUGUUCGCCGACGCAGAGCCGAUUUAUGAAUGUCACCAAAUUAACUCAAAACGGUACAUCGAUACGGGAGUUGGAUUUUUAUAUUUCCGAUUCAUAUAUGCAAGGCGUUUACGAUUCGUGUAAAUCUGUGCAAAACCCGGCUACUGGUGAAUUAGCAAUGGAUAUGAUAUGUUCGGGAGCAAUAGGCUGUUCUGCACAUAAGUGGUUUAGAUUCUUGGGAAACAAUCCAUACCUAGGUUUUAUCAUAAAUUACAUACCAGUUGUAAAAACUGAUAAUCCGAAACAAUUUGUAGGCCCAGUAAUACCUUGUCAUCAAGCGGUAGAUAAUAAAUCUACUGCUUGUAGCUGCAUGGACUGUGAACAAAGUUGUCCAUUGCCAGAUAAGAUACAAGAACCUCAGAAAUCGUUGAAUGUAGCGGGUAUUGAAAUUGUAACUAUGUCAUCGAUAAUUUUGUUUUGUUUCAUUAUGUCAAUAUUUGCUGGAUUCAUUUGUUUUAAAGAUGUACUAAUGAACAGGAGCAAGAAAAAAAAUGAUAAACAUAAGUAUAUAAUUACAGAACAUACUAAAACAAAACAUAAAAGUAUGUUGGAAAUUUUUUUUUAUAAAAUUGGGAAAUAUUUCGCUAGUAGAUCAUAUAUUUCACUUAUUGCAUCAGUGUGUCUGAUUGCCACAUUGAGUCAUGGUAUUCACUACAUAAAAAUCACAAUCGAUCCAGUAGAUUUAUGGUCAUCUACGAACAGCCAAUGUCGGCAAGAGCGUGAAUAUUUCAACACAAACUUUAAGCCAUUUUACCGAACCACACAAAUCAUUAUCGAGCCAAACGGAGUCCGAGAUGUAAUCUAUAACACAACUGAAGGUUCGUAUACGUUUGGACCAGUGUUCAACCGUACUUUCUUGCUGGAAGUUCAUAAACUACAACAGCAAAUUGAAGCCUUGGGCAGCCCAGAUAACGGACUAGACAAAGUGUGUUUUGCACCACUUGUAUCUAAAUUCAAAGGUCCACCAAAAGUUUCGGAUUGUCUAGUUCAAAGUGUUUGGGGCUAUUUUGGAAACAAACCUUACAAACUGAAUCGACGUCCUAACCCCGAUAGUUACUUUGAAAAAUUACAAAAAUGCUUUCAUAAUCCGUAUCAUCCACAGUGUUUAGCACCUUACGGGGGUCCAGUGGAUCCGUCUAUUGCCUUGGGAGGCUUUUCCAAUUCCAGCGAACCGAUUACUAAAAUGUCUCCUUAUGAAAAAGCGACAUCGUUGUUAUUAACAUUUGUACUCAACAACCAUAACAGCAAACCUUUGUUGAAAGAUGCACUAGAAUGGGAAAACAAGUUUUUGGAUUUUAUGAAGAACUGGACUAUGGUUUCAAAACCGUCUUUCAUGGAUGUAGCUUAUUAUUCAGAACGUUCUGUGGAAGAUGAGUUGGAUAGAGAAUCUCAUUCAGAUGUGUCUACAAUAGCUAUAAGUUAUUUAGUCAUGUUCUUAUACAUAGUUUUUACUCUUGGAUGGAAUAAAAUCAUUCUAAGUUUUUUCGGGAUAGUAACCGUUAUAUCGUCUGUCGUUUGUUCAGUUGGUUUCUACGGUAUGAUCGGUAUACCACUGUCCUUGAUCGUACUGGAGGUCAUACCUUUUAUUGUUCUUGCUGUCGGAGUUGACAAUAUAUUCUUGAUAAUUCGAACAUAUCAACAAAUGGACAUGAAAGAAGACGAAUUGGUUCCUGAUUACAUCGGUCGUGUUUUAAGCAAAAUCGGACCGUCAAUUUUUAUCACUACCCUAGCAGAAAUAACAUGUUUCUUUAUUGGCAGUUUGUCAGAUAUGCCUGUUGUUAGAUCUUUCGCAUUAUAUGCCGCGAUGGCUUUAGUGUUCAAUUUUUUGCUACAGAUGUCUUGUUUUAUAGGUUUAUUAGCAUUGGAUGCUAAACGAAAAACAGUUAAGCAAGAAAUUAAAAAACAAAGUUUAGUGUACACCACGUUUCAAAAAUUGUACGUUCCAGUUUUAAUGAACAAAUAUGUUAGACCAUUGAUUGUAUUAUUAUUUACUACUUGGCUUUGCUUCAGUAUUGUGGUUAUUCCAAAAAUUGAUGUGGGUCUGGAUGUUGAAUUAACUAUGACCCAUGAUUCUUAUGUGCUUAAAUAUUUUAAAUUUAUGAAACGUUAUUUUUCGACUGGACCUCCUGUUUAUUUUGUGGUCACUGACGGGUUGAAUUUAACCAAUAUUGAUGACCAAAAUCUUCUCUGUGGUGGUACUCAUUGCGAUCAAUAUUCAAUCGCUAAUCAAAUUCACAGGGCUUCAAAAACGGCAAAUUUAACAUACAUAAACAGGCCUUCGACAUCGUGGAUUGAUGAUUAUUUUGAUUGGACUGCUCUUUCAAGUUGCUGCAAAGUUACUGAGAACGAUAGUUUUUGUCCUCACAAUGAUAAUUGUUCUAGCUGUAAUAUCACUAAAAAUGAUUUGGGUCGACCAAAUGUUCAUCAUUUUACAAAGUUUUUACCAUAUUUCCUCCAAGAUAGUCCAGAUAAAAACUGUUCGAAAGCUGGACAUGCAGUUUAUAGCGAUGCUAUUUCUUUGAAAAAAAAUUCAACUGGACCUAACUAUUUUAUGUCAUUUCACACUGUAUUGAAAACAUCCAAAGAUUAUUAUGAAUCAAUGCGCUCUGCUAGAUCAAUAGCAAAUAAUAUGACUGAAACAAUUAGAAGAAAAUUUCCUAAUACGACCACUGUUGUUUUCCCAUACAGUUUUUUUUAUGUAUUUUAUGAACAAUACUUAACCAUAUGGCAGGUAUGCAUUCAACAUUUUGUGUUGUCAUUUGUAAUGGUAACAUUUGUAGUGUGGACGUUUUCUAAUUUCGAAAAAUCUUCAGCUUUUACUCUUCUUAUAGUUAAUAUAAUGAUAACAAUAGACUUGUUAGCAUUUAUGUAUUAUUGUGAUAUUUCUCUUAACGCAAUAUCAUUGGUAAACAUUGUAAUGGCUAUAGGAAUAAUGGUUGAAUUUUGUGGCCAUAUAAUUUUUCAUAACGCAAAAUCAAUUAUCUCUUGCCCAAUUCAACGAGCUACCCAUUCUUGUGUAGAAGUUGGAAGUUCGGUGUUCUCUGGCAUUACCUUGACAAAAUUUGCUGGCCUUGCCAUACUUGGUUUUGCAAACACACCAGUGUUUAAAAUAUUUUACUACAGAAUGUACAUGGGUAUUGUUAUUAUUGCUGCUUUGCAUAGUUUAGUGUUCCUGCCAGUUCUACUGAGUUACAGAGGUUCAGCUUAUGUUCUAAUAGAAAAGACUGAUAGUGCUAAGAAAAAAACUAAAAGUUGUAAGCUGCAACUGUUAGAAGUGAAUGUGCUUUGA